GAUGCAGUACCAAAUACAUCAGUACAUAAAUUAUUACAUCAACUUUAUCCACAUCAAUUUUUACUGGGAAAGGAAGGUCAAACUGCUGUCAUUGAUAUACUAAAGAAAUUCGAAUUAUUUGAACCAGAUUACACAAAGAUAGUACAUCAUGUUAUCGGUAAUAUACACAAUGUGAUCAAUGCUGAGAAUUCAUCUGCACUGGUAACUUUACAUGGACAUGGUUUGAAUUACCCAAUACAGGGAUGUGGGAAAACAGUGUUAGCCAGAGAAUUUGCUAAUACUUUAGGAUAUGAAAUAGAACCUAUCAUGCUCUACCAGGACAUGACAUCACGUGAUCUUCUUCAACAACGUACUACAUUGCCUAAUGGUGAUACUACAUGGCGUCCAUCAGCGUUGGUAAAUUCUGCUCGAUGUGGAAGUCUAGCCGUCUUAGAUGGUAUACAUCGUAUCAAUGCAGGUACACUUGCUGCAUUACAAAGAUUAAUCCAUGACAGAGAAUUCAAUUUAUUUGAUGGUACUAAACUUGUGAGACAUGAUAGAUAUGAGGAGAUAAAGAAGACUUAUGAUAUCACAGAUGAGCAAAUGAAUGAAAGGUCGGUGUACCCUAUUCAUCCUUCCUUUCGUAUCUUGGCACUAGCUGAACCACCAGUAACUGGCAGUAGUACGCAACAAUGGCUGAGCUCAGAAUUAUUAACUCUCUUUCAUUAUCAUCAUAUUAAACCUUUGUCUUAUGUAGAAGAAAUGACUGUCAUACAAGGAAUGGUGCCAAAUACAGUACAGGAUUUAAUGGACCCACUGUUAAAACUGACACAUAGACUCAGACAUUCAGGUGAUACAACGAUGUUAUCAUUAUCAUCAUCAUUAUCAACAAGACAGCUGUUGAGGAUAGCAAAAAGAUUGGCAAGGUAUCCCAAUGAAAGUCUCUAUGAGGCAAUCAACAAGGCUUGUCUAUCAAGAUUCUUACCACAGUUAGCAAGGACAUCAUUAGAGAAGUCACUACAAGAUGCACAUAUUAAGCCAUUUCAGAGCAACGCUGUUGAUAUUGAAAAAGCUGUCACAUGUGAAAUAAAAGAUGGUAUUCUUCGAGUUGGCAACACCAGUGUAUCUGUGUAUGAUCCAGAGAAUAAAAUGAUGGUUCCAGAUGUAUUGUUUUAUGAAAAUCCGCAGCAUCUUUCUAUAAUGGAGGAUAUGUUGAAGGAUUUCUUACUUGGGGAACAUCUGUUAUUGGUUGGAAAUCAGGGAGUUGGAAAGAAUAAAAUUGUGGAUAGAUUUCUUCAUUUACUCAAUAGACCAAGGCAAUAUUUACAGCUACACAGGGAUACUACAGUGCAAACACUAACACUUCAACCCAAUGUACAAGAUGGUAUUAUAGUCUAUGAGGAUUCACCAUUGGUAAAGGCUGUUAAAUUAGGGCAUGUAUUGGUUGUGGAUGAGGCUGACAAAGCACCAACUAAUGUCACAUGUAUCUUGAAAACAUUGGUAGAGAGCGGUGAAAUGAUAUUAGCAGAUGGUAGAAGGAUUGUUACAGGUCGUGUAGGACAGAUGUCUAGUGACAAUGUCAUAGUUACUCAUCCUGACUUUAGAAUGUUGGUGCUUGCAAACAGACCUGGAUUUCCAUUCCUUGGAAAUGAUUUCUUUGGUUCACUCGGUGAUAUCUUUAGUUGCCAUGCUGUGGAUAAUCCUGAUAUGGAGUCAGAGAUGGCAAUGUUACGUCAGUAUGGACCUGAUGUACCACAACCAUUGUUGAAAAAACUAGUACUGGCAUUUGGUGAACUGAGAGAAAUGGCAGACCAGGGUUUGAUUGCAUAUCCAUAUUCUACCAGAGAAGUGGUGAAUAUGGUUAAACAUUUACAGAAAUUUCCUGAUGAAGGUCUUACCAAUGUUGUUAGAAAUGUGUUUGAUUUUGAUGCUUAUAAUAAAGAAAUGAAAGAACAGAUUGUUGAAGCUCUUCAUAAACAUGGUAUACCUAUAGGAGCCACAGCAGAAAGCAUCAAACUGGCUUCAGAACUAGAACUUCCUGAACCUAAACUAACAUCUCAUUGGAUGAUUGGUAGAGGUCAGCAAGGGUCACACAAUAGGAAAUUACUGUGUCCUGUUGAAGAAAAGCAGCUAAGAAUAAAGGGUCCUGUAUAUUUGAAUGUAAAAAGUUAUCCAUUAGACAAGUUUGAAGAUCGAUCUAGUACAUUUUCUGAAUUGAUAUCUCAUUGGCAUUUACCGUUGCAAGACAAUGACAUCAUAGCUGAUAUAUCGGCAUCCCGAAAUUUGCUGUCUAACAUAAUUCACACAAUCACGUCAACUCCAGUUGCCUUGUACAGUACAUUUAUCAACAAGCAAGCAGUUCAGUAUGUAGAUUUGUAUGAUAUCUUUCCUAAUGUGAGAUAUUCUUGGAAUCCAGUGUUAAAAAUUGCUGCCUUAGGAUCACCACUGGAUGGACAAGCAAUCAUACAUGAACAAAAGACCAAUACUGUUCUAAUGUGUGAUCCAAACACUGGUGCCUUGAGAAGAGUUUUCCUAAAUUCAGCUAUAGAGGGUGCUAAAGAUAAAAUUGCUGGUUUAUUUGGUCAGGAGCAAGUCACUCAUAAAAUGUGUUCAGAAUUUGCACACGAAAACUGGGCUGUGUUUUAUGAAGAAGGCGGAUCCUCAUUAGAUGUUGUUGACAUGUUACAAGGCACUGCUUAUAGUAUUGAUCUACCAUUGAAUCUCAAAUCAGUACAUUUACCAUCCAAAGAUGCAUGGCUACUGACAGAAGAUAACACAAAUAAGAGAUAUCUAUUAACCAGACCAUCAUCAGAUAUGCCUGUAUGUCAGUUGAAUACUGUGGAUGUUAAAGUGGCAGAGAAUGCAACCCAUGAAGACAAUAAUACCAGAAGUCUAUUCAUGGAUGGACCAUUUUAUUCGGUUGCUACAACCUCACUGAACAAAGACCAGUUAGGCCAGGCCUUGAAACAGAAUAUAGAUUCUCCUAACAGAUUGAUGGCUGAUACAAAUCACUAUGCGGCUAUUGCUGUAGGAUUCCCUGAACUAAUGUCUGAAAGUGAAAUAUACACGAUUCCAAGACAGAAACAAGAAGAGACAUGGAUUAAGAAUUCUAGAGAUCCAUUAUUUCAACUUGCAGUUAAAAAGCCAGAAAAGAAAGAAUAUGAAUCUGUGUUUUUACCAGAUGCUAAUCAAGUUGUUAAAGUGCUACCUAUCAGUCAAGUACCUCAAGAAGUCUACCCAGGCGGUAAACCAAACAAUGUGUAUUCUUACUUAGAAGUUGCUGAUCUUGCUUACAACAAACUACGAUACAUCACUCAUGAAAAAGAAAGUGGCAAAGAUGUGACAGGACCCAAGCAUGGAAAAAUAGAUAAAGAUAAUCAACCUCAUGUAGGUGGUAAUAUGUGGGCUGGAGGAACUGGUGGUCGUGAUACAGCUGGUUUAGGUGGCAUGGGAGGUCCCUAUCGACUAGAUGCAGGACAUGAUGUCACACAAGUCACACAAGCUGAAAAAGAUGCUGUACCUGAAGAGGUGAAAAGAGCUGCAAGAGAAAUGGCCCAAAAAGCAUUCAAGCAAAGACUGAAGGAAAUAGAGAUGUCAGAGUAUGAUGCUGAACUAUAUGAGAAGUUUUCAUCUGGAGUGAGAAGACAAGUACAGUCACUACGGGUUAUACUGGAUAGUCUACAAGCAAAGGGAAAAGAACGUCAGUGGUUGCGUCAUCAGACAUCCGGUGAUCUAGAUGAUGCUAAGUUAAUAGAAGGUUUGACUGGUGAGAGAGCAAUUUAUAAACGAAGAGGAGAGCAUGAUCCAGAACUUGGUACACCUCAAGUUCUUCCCAAGAUUCUUCGUUUAGUCAUUGAUGUAAGUGGUAGUAUGUAUCGAUUUAAUGGCGUUGAUGGUCGGCUCGACAGGGUUAUGGAAGCAGCACUGAUGGUCAUGGAAGCUUUUGAAGGAUAUGACAAGAAAUUCAAGUUUCAGACUGUACAUGCUCAUUCACAAUUCUGCAUGAGUGGUGACCACACAUUGGAAGCAACCAAACAUGCUAUUGAAAAAGUCAGUAAAAUGGAAGCAGAUGAUCACUUUGUUAUUGUAUUAAGUGAUGCUAAUUUUGAUCGAUAUGGAAUCAGUCCUGAUCGUUUUUCACAUAUUCUGAUGGACAAUGAUAAAGUGAAUGCUUUUGCUAUCUUUAUUGGAUCGCUUGGUGACCAAGCUGAAAGGUUGGCAAGGAAUUUACCUACAGGUCAUGCAUUUAUCUGUCUGGAUACCAAGGAUAUUCCACAAAUAUUACAACAAAUAUUCCUCUCCACCAUGUUAUCAACCAAAUAGAGGAAAAUCUAGAUCUUAUUUCCAGAAAUCACAUUUGUGACAGUUUGAAAAAGAUAUUUAAUGCCAGGAAAUAUGAAAACAUUAACACAUGCUAACAUAUGCAUGUGUUGUUAACAUUGGGAGACAGUAUUCAUAGAUUGAGUUGGUUUUGAAGGUGGCAUAGUUGGUAACUAAGCAACAGGUGGUCAGUCAUCGACAAAGGGUACAAUAGCUUUUCUUCAAAUACUAUAAAUACAUGAUACAUCCAGCAUGUCAACAGAUGUCACAUGCCACACGUACCUGAUACGGUUGACUAUAGUAUAUGAUUGUAAAUAACGUAUAAAUAGUAAUAUGGAAAAUUCAGUGAUAAUCUAAGAUCCUCCAGUUUAUCUAAUAGUCAGGGAGCAUGUGUGAGUCCGUGGGACUUUUGUGGUGAAAUACUCCCACCACUUU